UGCAUACCGUUAUCAAGCCUGUAGGUAUUGUUGGCAGAACAUGCUGGAACACGAUGCGCCUUCUCAAGUCUUCCGUAACAGGCAGCAACUUCGAGCUAACAUCUUUUGAUGACGACCUUGCCCCUCCGUACGCCAUCCUCUCUCAUACCUGGACAGAAAACCAAGAAGUCACUUUUGAUGAGCUACUGAAGGGAACAAGCAAAGACAAGGAUGGCUAUGCUAAAAUUCGAUUCUGCGGCGAGCGCGCUGCAGCAGACGGACUCGAGUAUUUCUGGGUCGAUACCUGCUGCAUUAACAAGGCUACGAGCGACGAGCUGAGUACAGCAGUUAACUCCAUUUUCCACUGGUACCAGCGUGCAGCCAAGUGCUAUGUACUACUCAUAGACGUUUCUGUACCUGAAGGAGCCACUAGCACUGAGAUAUCUGACAUAUUAUGGAAGCAAGCCUUUCAACGCAGCCGAUGGUUCACGAGAGGCUGGACUCUGCAAGAGCUACUAGCGCCAACCAGCAUCAAGUUCUUUUCCCGAGACGGCAAGUGGUUAGGCAACAAGAUAUCGCUAGAGCAAGAGAUAAACAGAGUCACUGGCAUACCCGUCGAGGUGUUGAGAGACCAUAGCCUUACCGAGUUUAGUAUCGAGGAGCGAAUGAGUUGGUCUGCAAAACGCACGACCACGAUCAAGGAAGACAAAGUUUACUGUUUGCUCGGCAUCUUUGGAGUAUUUCUGGCGCUCAUUUAUGGAGAGGGAGAGGAGUAUGCAGCUUUGCGACUCAAAGAGGAAAUACAGAAACGACAACAAGGGAGCAAGAAGGUGGAUUUGCAAGACUCUUCUGCCGUAUUGUCACUUCCUUUUCUACGAAAUGAGCGCUUCGCUGGACGAGAGAGUCAGCUUCAGUCGAUGAAACAAAUUUUACUUUCGCCUAGCGCCCAUCAAUGGCUGACGAUAUAUGGACUCGGGGGCUGUGGGAAAUCGGCGCUUGCUCUCGAGCUUGCGUAUCGCGCAUUUGCGGAUCAGGCCAGACGCCUAGUUUUCUGGGUGCCAGCUAUAAGUCAGGAGAGUUUUGAGCUUGCCUAUCGAGACAUUGGAACUCAGCUUCGCAUACCAGGAAUCGAUGAUGCGAAUGCAGAUGUGAAGCAACUUGUCAGGGAUGCAUUAAAUUCCGGAAACUUGGGCCAUUGGCUAAUGAUAGUUGACAAUGCGGAUGACUCGGAAGUCUUGUUAGGAGUCAGCAACAAGACAACUAAGCUAGUUCGAUUGAUUGACUAUAUUCCUCUCAGUAUAGGAGGAUCUGUGUUCUUCACUACUCGCAGUAGAAAGGCAGCAACAGAUCUGACCUCAAAUAACGUCCUCGAAUUGAACGAUAUGGACAAGUUUAAAGCUCGGCAGCUAUUUGUUCACCGAAUAAACAACCGAGCACUGCUGAGUGACGAGACAGCUGUUGAUGCUCUUUUAGAGAUACUUACAGGCCUUCCACUGGCUAUCGUGCAGGCUGCCACUUUCAUCAACCAGAACGAAAUAUCAGUCUCUGAGUAUGCAUCACUGCUCCAGCAUGCUGGCACCAAGGCUAAGCUCUUUAGCGAGCACUUUGAAGACCCAAGUAGGUACCGAGACAUGGACAGCACUGUCGCGAAGACGUGGCCUAUCUCUUUCGAGCAAAUCCAGAGGCAAGACCCUCUUGCAGUGGAGUACCUUUCGUUCAUAGGGUGCAUUGAUUGCAUUGGCAUUCCCCAGUCGCUAUUGCCUCCGAGGGCAUCCACUGUGCAUCAGAUAAAGGCAAUUGAAACACUGACUGAAUACGCCACGGACAGGCUUUUCGAUAUGCACCGACUAGUACAUAUGGCGUUGAUAUGGUGGCUCGAGGGGCAUGGCAAGCGGGAGAAGUGGGCAGGCAUAGCAGCAGCCCGAGCUGAGGAACUUUUGUCGCAUGUUUGGCAUGAAAGAAAAGAAAUACGGGGCGUGUACCUUCCACAUGCACUGUACUUGGCUGGGCUCGUUGACAUCGUAGACGGCGUAAUGAGAGCUUUACUGCUAGAACAAGUCGGCUGGUGUCAACACAUUUUGGGGCUAUAUGCAAUAUCCGUGACAGCAAACUAA